UUCUUAUUGCAUUGAAUGUGAAGCAAAUUAUGACAAUAGGAUAAAUCUAUCAAGAUUAAAUUUGCAUAUAUCAGAAUCAAAGUCAAUGAAUGUACGUUAAUGGUUUAGAACAUUAAUUUGAGGUUCUAUUAUUUUAAUCAUUAAAAUAGUUUGCUACCACUUAAAUGCAUCUAAUGUGUUAAUAUAUAGAGCAAAAUUAAUAACAAGAGGGAUUCUAGAAAUCUCUCUUUGUAUAUGCUUAUAACGAGCUGCUUAUUGAUGGUGUAUCGCAAGUAGUAUUGAAUAAAUGACCUUCCCACUUUUAACCUCCCAGUUCCUCUAGAUAUAACUGCACUCUAUCUACUCUCCAUUCCCGAAC